CAAAGUUUAGACUGAGUUGACAUUUUGCAGGCUGUAUUCUUGUCUAGCGGGGAUUUUCUUCCCUAAUUCCCCCACCCCGGAUUAAAACCCUAAUUUGAUUUUCUCCCUCACACAGUUCCAGUGAACAAAUUGAAGCUUCUUUUCGCCGUAAUCAUCCAGUACCAGCGCCAACAUGAGUAUUUCCUUCUCCAUUAACUCGAAACCCCAGUCCAAUCGCAUCAAGAAACCCUCAGGGUCCGUCUCCGAUGCCGCUGCAGACGAUUCUUCUGCCAUAAGCUACGUAACGGAGUUCGUUCCCGGCGAAGCUCCCCCGGCGCGGGAAUCGAGAAUCAAGCCUAUUGCCCCGAUUCCCAACGAGUGGCGCCCAACUAAAAAGCUCAAGAACCUCCCUAAUCUCCCCCAGAUAUCGCAAUCCGACGGUGCUGAUUCCGCCCUUCAGUUCGAGCUGGAUCCCGGCUCCAAACCAGAAGCUUCAGAUAAUUCCAUGGGUUAUGGCCUUAAUCUCCGCCAACCAUCGGCUACCAUGAACGCAGGCCCCAAUCGUGAUCGUGGGGAAACUAUUUCCGACUUGGAGUUGAGGAAAUUGAGAGAGGAUCUGGAGAAGCUUCCGGAGGAUCCUGGAAUGGAUGAGUAUACGGAUGUCCCAGUGGAGGGGUAUGGUGCAGCUUUGUUGGCGGGGUACGGUUGGAAAGAGGGUAGAGGCAUUGGCCGCAAUGCUAAGGAGGAUGUAAAAGUUUGUGAGGUGACAAAGAAGACAGGGAGAGGAGGGUUAGGGUUUACUGGAGAACUCCCAGAGAAUCGGAUUGAUAGUGAGGGUAAUGCUGGUCAGAAUCUGGGGACUGCAAAUGUUGGGCGGGAAAAGAUGGAGGACCGGAAAGAAAAGAAAGGAUUUGGUGUUGGAAAAGAGGUGAGAAUAGUGAACGGGAAGGAGAUGGGAAUGAAGGGUAAAAUUGUUGAGGUGCGGAGUGGUGGUGAUUUAUUGGUUUUGAAGAUGUCGAGGAGCAAUGAGAAAAUAAAAGUUCGUCCUAGGGAUGUAGCAGAAGUGGGUUCCGCAGAGGAGGAGAAGUGCUUGAGAAAAUUGAAGGAUUUGAAAAUUAAGGAGAAAGAUCCUAAUCAAGAUAAAAGGGACAGAAAUAUUUCGAGGAAGAGGGGACAAGAAGAAGAAAAGGUUGCAAGAGAGAGAGUACAUUGGCUGAGGAAUCAUAUAAGGGUAAGGAUUAUAAGCGAGAAGUUGAAGGGUGGGAGAUUAUUCCUGAAAAAGGGAGUUGUGGUGGAUGUUGUAGGGCCAGGGUUGUGCGAUGUAUCCAUGGAUGAGAGCAGGGAGUUAGUACAAGGGGUGGAACAGGAACUAUUGGAGACUGCACUUCCAAAACGUGGGGGCCCAGUGCUUGUUUUGUAUGGUAGGCACAAGGGUGCAUAUGGGAGUCUGCUGGAGCGGGACUCAGAGGAGGAGACAGGCGUGGUUCGAGAUGCAGAUACACAUGAGUUGCUCAAUGUGAGGCUUGAGCAGAUUGCCGAGUACACAGGAGAUCCAAGCGAUAUUGGUUAUUGAUAACUUUAUCCUGUUGUACGUGUGAGGCAUCUCUGUUAUGGAUAUUGUCCGUGGACGUUAGGCAUAAUUUAAGCCUUCCCAUCAGCUGAUUAUAUAGAGAACUUUGAAUCUCAUCUGUUCUGAUGUUGUCAUUCUUGUUGAUGCAAUUUAAUGUGUCUCACCAUGGUCAAGGUGCUUUUGGUAUGCUUACAUGUAUUAGUGACAUUUUAUAUACUUCAAGCUGGUUACUAUGAGAGACUACUGAAUUACUAUAUUCUUGAAUGUUCAACAGCUUUUGUUUGCAGCUGAAGCUCCUUCCUUCUGCUGCUAAGUGUUUCGGAAAUGUUUUGUGUUUGAAAAAAUACCAUUUGAAUGAUAUAGAUGUACUUAUGUGCUUA